GCCCCUCCACCUCCCUGUCUCUGCCACACGCCGCCCCUCGCCGGGGCCGCCGUGUUUCGCCCUGUCUCUAAUCCACGUGGCCCUGGGAGCGCUAUAUUAGGUGCGCAGGAAGAGCUGGCGAGGAGGCAGCGGCUCCCCGAGGCUCUCCGGGGAAGGGCGCCUAGCUGGCUCCGCUCUCCCACGCGGGAGACGCCUGCUCCUCGGCCGGCUGCUGCCGCUGCCCACUCCCGCUGGAAGGACAAAGGGAGACGCGGAGAGAAGAGGCGGCGGCGAAGGGAGGCGCUGAGGCUCGCGGCGAGCUCCGAGGAACCCGCUUCCCCCCCAGCCCAGGACCUGUGAGUGGCCGGCUCCAGGAGGAUCCCCCCUUCCCUGCUGGUGCGCGUCUCCGCCUCACUGAAGUUAUUGUUGUUACAAGGUGUAAUUGAGAAGAAUUUGGCCUCCACCACAGAAGGAAGUGUUGCAAACUCCCAUGGUUGCAUUGUGAACCCUUAUCAUAUAGAUCUACUGGAGUCGUGAUUAGAUGACAAGUGACUAUCUGUGACUUAAACAAGCAUCCAGGCAGUAGUAUUACUUCAGACCAAGGCCACAAGAUGAUCUUAAAUGGCCGCAUUAAUGAAAUCAUUUUCAGAAAAAAACAAUCUUCUCUGUAGCUCCUUUUCCUCAAGUUUUGCUCCCAAUACAGGAAACCAAGACAUUGAUAUUAAUUACCUCUCUAUCUUCCAGAAUGGGGAAAGGAAAUUAUCAUGAUCAAUUUUAAUUAAAUGCUCAGUGGAAGAAAUUAGCAGCAUCCUGAAGAAUAGAAGUGAAAGAGAGAUUUGCGAUCAUUUUUAAAAGAACAAAAAAAUAAAGUCUGAUUUUUUUCCUUCUUGAAAUCACUCAAGAAUAUAGCAAGAGCGCUCCCCUUGCCAGCGAAGAUAACAGAAUUGCUUUGUUUGGCCUAAACCCCCGAUCAUACAAAAAGUCUGUGACCAUCUUUCUCUUGGCCUUAUCUCAGCUACAAGUCAUAGGCUACCAUCCAGACAAAGAGGAAAAAGAUGGUUGCCAUCAAGAAGAAGAAUCUGAAAAUGUUUUCACUUGCCUUACUAUUCGUCAUCACAGUAACAUCAUUUUUGCUGAAUUACACACACAAUGCAGUGAUGGUCACCUGGGAUCCCAAGCAGAUUGUCAUGCAGGUCUCAGAGCACUUUAAAAAAUUAAUGAAAUACCCCCAAAGACCGUGCAGCUGUCAUUCAUGUGUUUCCGAACUGGGACUUUCCUUUUGGUUUGAUGAGAGGUUAAAUCAAACUAUACAACCUUUCCUGACCACUCGGAAUGCCUUAAUUCCAGAGGAGAGCUACAAGUGGUGGCUGAAACUGCAAGGAGAGAGCAAUCCUAAAAAUAUUAACGACACUAUCAAGGAAUUGUUUGAGGUCAUUCCGGGUGACGGGGAGCAGCUGCUGGAGAGAGAUGCCUCCCGGUGCAGAAGGUGUGCUGUAGUGGGCAACUCCGGGAACCUUAAGCAAUCUCAAUACGGCCGAGAGAUCGAUGCUCAUGACUUUGUGCUCAGAAUGAAUCGCGCUCCAACCGCUGGGUUUGAGACCGAUGUUGGGAGCAAAACGACUCACCACUUUGUUUACCCCGAGAGCUUCCAGGACCUGGCAGAAAACGUCAGCAUGAUUGUGAUCCCCUUCAAAACGCUGGAUCUGCGCUGGAUUGUCAGUGCACUCACCACAGGCACCAUAAACUUCACAUACGCGCCAGUUCCACGUAAAAUCAAGGUGAAGAGAGACAAGAUCCUUGUUUAUCACCCCCGGUUUAUCAAAUAUGUUUAUGACCACUGGCUGCAGCAUCAUGGAAGAUACCCCUCGACAGGCAUUCUGUCCGUGAUAUUUGCACUUCACCUAUGUGACGAGGUGGAUGUGUAUGGUUUUGGAGCAGACAGUAAUGGCAACUGGCAUCAUUACUGGGAAAACAAUCCUUCUGCAGGGGCCUUUCGGCAAACCAAGGUCCAUGAUGGGGAUUUUGAGUCCAAUAUCACUUUGACUCUUGCCUCCAUUGACAAAAUACAUUUUUUCAAGGGCAGAUGACCCUUACCACUGGCAGGGAUUUGUGGCUGCAAUUUCCAGCAGGGGGCAGUGACUGAAGUCUUUAAAGCGGCUUAUGGAAGAUGAUCUUGGGCACUGACCUUAUUUCAAUAUCGGACUGUGCAGCGGAGGAAGUGUGUUUCAUUGCUGUGAUGCUUCUUGAAUGAAAUUCACAUGCAAUGUUGGUUCCAUACGGAAUUUGAAUUCCUUAUUUGAGAAUAGAGACUUGAUGGAUCUAAGGAUCAAUUAUGGGGAACAAAUCACAGGGGAUGUAUGGAAUUGUUAAAUCUUGAAAUACUUGGCGAGAUCUGCCUCUUGGUAUUAGGGUAAACUCUAGGGUAUCACUUUCUAGGAUAUACUGUGUGUGUAUGUGUGUGCUUUCCUUGCAUAGGAAUUCUCUGAAGAGAAAGGAGAAGUGAAUACUGCUUCCUAUAUGCCACACCAACACGGCUGGCUCUGAACACUGUAGUAAGGAUUACCUCAAAAGAACAUAUUCACUUAUUCUGCUGUUCAUCCUUUCUUUAAACCAUCUCUUCUGUUCAGUGUAUCAUUUCUGGUUCCCUUUUGUAUUCUGAACAAAGGUGAUGUACCUGAUUUGCAAGGAGUAGUGGCUACUUUUGAGUGUACCAAUCCGCACUGAGAAAUUCUGGAUCAAAUCCUUCAUCUCCAAUAACUGCAUUUUUAGCACAGCAUCCUACAUAGCCAUAAUGAGAUGGAGAAAAACAAAAUGAGAUUGAUUGAUUGAUUGAAAAUGCCAGCAAAAAUGGCCUUCUUAGCCACUAGUUUGUUUGGGUUUCUUUAAAAUAUAUAUAUAUAUAUAUAGGUACUCUGAAUGCUAAUUUUUAGUGAAUCCAUUUAAGGAAGUGAAAUGGACUUUUUUUUUCUUUCAGUGGUUUAUAUGUGCCUUUUAUAUAUGUGCAACAGAUGUAAUUUUUUUAAAGAGGAAAAUCCCGAAAUUAAACUUUUUAUAGGAAAAAAACAAUUAACCAAAGCUUAGUCUCUACAUGGUAUCAUUUUGUAUUCUAAACUAAUAAUGACGUCUCCUAUCUUCUACCUGACAUGGGGGGAAACAACAUAGUUUUUAAAGGUAACUUUUACCUUUUUUUAAAAAAAUCCAAAAUUCACAGGACAUUUUUUAUUCUAUUUUUUACAACUUAGAAGGCGAUGCCUAAGUGAAAAUGUCAGGCACAAGGAUGUGAGCUAUCAAUGUAUAGGAGUGAACAAAACUGCAUGGGUAUCUACCAGGGCAUAUCCUCUACCUACUGAGUCUACAGGAUGAUCCGGAACUCGGAAAGAUUUGUGUCUUCAGACUAAUGCAUAUAUUAACUUCUAUGCAGCAAGGGGUGAAUAAGAAAUCCUGUGGGGAAGGGGGCUUUGUUUACACAUUUUUUUCCUAAAAUCCAUUUAACCUUCAGUUCUGUUCACUGAUCUUUUGAACAUGAGUUAAAGUAUGAAAUCAGGUGGGGAGGGUGAUUUGAAGAUCACAACAUUAUGAGCAUGGGGUUCGAGGAAUUUCUGAGCGUUGCCAAGGGCUGCAGUGGCAGUCUCUUCUCAGCGCUUCAGUGGGCUUUGGAGCAGAUCCUGAAAGAGCUGCUGUUUUCUUUUUUUUUUGUGGUGAUUGGAAUCUGUGGUAAUUAAACACACACAUGCACACACACAGAGCUAACUGAGAAACAGCAUGUUCAUUCAUUAGCUAAUUUGGUGGAAGUGUCCACUUUAAUUAUUGCAAUGUCAGCACUCACGAUGCAAUCCUGGCCCUAUUGAAUCAAUGGAGUUUUGCCACUGCCUAUAAUAGGGGCAGGAUUUCACUCCCACAUUUUUUGCUCUGUGUGUGUGUGUGUACACAUGUGCACACACGUGUGUGGGUGUGUGUGUACCUUCAAAGUUGAAAUGUACAUUGUCGUGGCAAGAUUCGUCUAAUGCUCUCUAUUUAUGACCUCCAUCCUUCAACCACUUGCCAAUGUGAAUAACUACACACAUGAGCUGGCCCUUUGGAUUCAUAAAGGUUAAAGGGCAAACUUCCCACACAUCAUUUUCACAGUAGUUGCCAAACUUUUCCAUAACAGGAUAUCCCUCGCUCACAGUUUUCCAUCCGUGUUCAAUGUAAGCUGUGCACUUUUGCAGGAGAAACUCAAAAUUCUGCCCAGCUGAUUAGCAGAAUGUCCACAGCUAAGGUUUUGUGUUUCUAGUGGUGGUGCAUCUCUGCACAUAACAAAAUUCUUUUCACACAUGAAUGGAAAAAAUCCUCACAUGGAUGGAAAAGAUUAGAGGCUCUCCAUCCAUUUACCCAUAACACCCUCCUUGCAACACUAGGGGAAAGGCAGUGUUCUCAAAACCCAACACUUGUUAACGACCCGGAUAUUAAGAGCCAUUGUCCUAGAAAGAGGGCCAAGAGGACCACUCACAUGCAUGUUUCCAGGAUAAUGGCAUGAAUCUACAGUUGUAAUAAAACUUAUUUUACCUUCUAAAAUCACUUUGUAGAAGAAUGAAUACUAUCCACCUGAACCGUAUUUUUGAUAUUACCACUUUUUUAUUGUUGUUGUUGUUGUUGCAAUGAAGUGUUUCCCAGUCUGGUGACAGAUUACCCCAUUGUCCUCAACUCGCUUACUUUAAAAACAUAUAUGCUGAGAAUUUGACUUAAUAGCAGUGAAAUGUUUUCAGACUGUGUUUUGAUGGCUGGGUUUUGCAGAGACGUGUACAACCAGAACAUUAGUUUUGAAUUUCUUUUGUAAAUGAAAACCUCUGCGGAUACAUUCCCAGCAUAUUUAAAUCCUACAUAGGGGAGUCUUUCAAAGGAGCUCCUGGCAGUUCAGCGCCCAACUGUCAUUGGUUGGUAAUAGAAGUUGGCAGUUUGGGAUCAAAUUCCAGUUGAAAGUCAACGAGAUCUGGUGAUCUAGCUUGCAAUUUGCUCUGUUUAUCCAACUGGUUUCUAAGAGAAGAGGCACC